AAGAUUUGGGAGCAGAGGAGGGGAGGGAGAAUUGGAAUUGGAAUUGGGAUCUCGAUUCGAGAGAGGAGGAGAAGGGAAUUUGAGAGAAAGGGUGGAGGAGGUUGUGGAUCGAAGGAGGAAGCAUAUAUUCCAUUGGAAUUCUCGAGGAUUUACUCUGCUGGGCUUUCCACCACCACCACCACCAUCAUCAUCAUCGAUUUGUCGAGGGGGAGCGAUACGGGAGGGAGCAAGCGAGGCCAGCAACGUAGGAGCCGAGUAGGAGACGCCGCCUUGUAUGCCUUCUUCGCCCUUCACGUGUCCAUCUGCCCCCCUCGCUUGUCCUCUUAUAUAUACCCCCUUGCUUCGUCCCAAUACCUCACAGAGCUGUUGGUGGUGGUGGUGGUGGUGGUGAUCGUGUUGGAGUUCGGUGAGAGAGAGAGAGAGAGAGAGAGAGAGAAGGCUAAUAGGGCUGAUGGAAGGCAAGAACAACUCUCCUCCUCCAUCUUCUUCUUCUUACCGGUCGUUCACGUCGCUUGCGGAUGAGAGCUUCGGACGGAAGGAUGCGGAUCCCUCGGCGAGGUCCUCAUCCUCCUACCAGGGCUAUUUCAGCACCGUCAUUCCUCCCGCUUCUGCUGUGAUUGCGAAAGAUUUAUCGCAUUCCGAUCUGUGCUGGACUUUGAACAAGCAGAGAGUCGAAGGUCGCAUUGCGAGUGCUCGCUGCACGAAUGCAGCUGGCAGGUCUCAAGGCAGUCCAGGCAAAAAACCAAUCACACAGAACAAAGAUGGGAAACCUGUAUAUCCCAAUGAGUCGACAGAGGCACCCUAUUUUGGCUCAUCUGUGAAUUAUGGUGCCAGAGAUUUCUACACGAGCUCUUCAUCUAAUCAGACCACUGAAAGUUCAACAAAUUAUAUAAAUAAUGCUGGAGAACACCUGGGCAAUCCACAUGCUGCUGACAGAGGUGAAUGGUGGCAAGGUUCACUUUACUAUUGAAGAUUCGAGAUCAUUAUGCUCUUCUUUUAUAUAGAAAAGGUCCAGGAAGCUAAGAAAGUUGAUGGCUAUCCAAGUGAUACACAAUGUGACCGGCCUAGGAAGCUGAACUGUCUAUAUUCUACUAUGUAAUCUUAGUCUGUAGUAAACUGUUCAUAUUACCAGUGAAAGAGCAGACUCCGUGUCUAGUUAUGUGACUGCUGCUGUUUUUGAACUCGGGUAGGUAGUUUGUCUUUGUCAUCGAGUUACAGAGAUAUAUGCAGGAAACUGUCUCAGGUCUCCCCCUCCCAACUUUACUGCAGUGAGGACGCAGGGUAGCUUUGUAAUGUUUUCUUUAGUAGUAUAAUGAAAGCAUAGUAAGCAGAUCAUAGAAA